AUGCUUUUUAAUAGAUUAUUACCACGCAUUAUCAAUGGUGGUAUUGCCGGUAUUGUUGGUGUUAUAUGUGUAUUUCCGUUAGAUUUAGUUAAAACUCGAAUGCAAAAUCAAUCAAAAGUUGUUGGUCAACCACCACUUUAUAGGAACAUUUUUGAUUGUGCUGUGAAAACAUUUCGAAAUGGCGGUUUUCGUGGAAUGUAUAGUGGUUCUGCAGUCAAUAUUUUAUUAAUAACACCAGAAAAAGCAAUUAAACUUGUUGCUAAUGAUGGUUUUCGUUAUGCAUUAAAAACCAAAGAUGGACAGCUUCCUAUGCAUCGACAAGUUCUAGCUGGUGCUGGCGCUGGUACAUGUCAAAUUGUUGUAACAACACCAAUGGAAUUACUUAAAAUUCAAAGACAAAUGGCAAAAUCAAAAGAUUCAACUCAUUCACCUAAUGCUCGACAAUUAGCAAUGCAAUUAUAUCGUGAAAAAGGUAUAAUUGGUUUAUAUAAAGGUGUUGGUGCAACAUUUACCCGAGAUGUUAUUUUUUCGAUGAUGUACUUUCCUUUAUUUGCUUACUUUAAUGAUAAAGGAAAAACACCGGGUAAUAAUCAAGUAGCAUUUUAUCAUUCAUUUGCAUCGGGUAUCGUUGCUGGUGCUUUUAGUGCUUUUCUAGCAACACCAUUCGAUGUUGUCAAAACUCGUUUACAAACAUUAGAAUAUAAACAUCGCUAUUCUGGUAUAAUCGAUUGUGCUGGAAAAAUCAUGAAGGAAGAAGGUUCAAGUGCCUUUUUUAAAGGUUCACUUCUUCGUGUUAUGGUUAUUGCACCUUUAUUUGGUAUCGCACAAAUGGUUUAUUAUUUAGGCAUUGCUGAAGCUAUGAUGGGUCUUAAGCCAUUGGGCAGUGUAAGCUAA